AUGGUGAGUAGGUGGGCUAAUUGGGCCUUCCAUUUGGGCUUCGAUGUUCGAGCCGGUCCAAUUAUAUCUCUAGCGUCCAUAUAUGAUCUUGAGAAGCAAAAAUUUCGUAGGGUGCUAUAUAGAGCAUACAUAUCGGAGCUCUUCGUUCCAUACAUGGAUCCAACCGAGGAGUGGUACUACAAAACAUUCCUUGAUUCUGGCGAAUUCGGGUGUGGUCAAUCGGCAGUGUCGCUCAAGCCCAUGGAGGAUUGCCCGGCCCAUGCGGUUUUCAUGGAUGGUUACUAUGCAGGAGGAGAUGGAAAACCUAUCAAGAUAUCAAAUGUUUUUUGUAUCUUUGAACAACAUGCUGGAAAUGUAUUGUGGCGUCACACCGAAUCUGCCAUUCCCGGAGAAGUGAUAACGGAGGUUAGAGGAGAAGUUAGCCUGGUGGUGAGAUCAGUUUCAACAGUAGGCAACUAUGAUUAUAUGAUGGAUUGGGAGUUCAAGCCCAGUGGAUCAAUCAAACUUGGGGCAGGGCUCACUGGUAUCUUGGAAGUAAAGGGAGUAUCUUAUACCCAUGCAGAUCAAAUAAAGGAGGACGUCCAUGGCACAUUAGUGGCCGAAAACACCAUAGGCGUAUACCAUGAUCACUUCUUGUCAUACCAUCUUGACCUUGAUGUGGAUGGUGAAGCCAAUUCCUUUGUUAAGACCAACCUGGAGACAAAAAGAGUGAUCGACAACGCCUCUCCUAGGAGGAGUUACUGGACGACCAUCAGUGAGACGGCAAAGACCGAGUCCGACGCUCGAAUCUGGCUAGGGUUGAAACCAGCUGACCUAGUGGUGUCGAACCAGAAUAAAAAGACCAAGCUUGGGAACCCUAUUGGGUAUAGGUUGAUUCCAGGAUCAGUGACAAGUUCUCUUCUAUCUGAUGAUGAUUACCCACAAAUCCGAGGGGCCUUCACCAAGUACAACGUUUGGGUCACUCCAUACAACAAGUCUGAGAAAUGGGCAGGAGGAUUGUAUACUGAUCAAAGCCGAGGAGAUGAUACCUUGGCUACGUGGAGCCUCAGGAAUAGGGAGAUUGAAAACAAGGAUAUUGUGGUGUGGUACACUAUGGGCUUUCAUCAUGUACCCUACCAAGAAGACUUUCCGAUUAUGCCGACACUCAGCGGCGGUUUUGAGCUCCGGCCGGCCAAUUUCUUCGAGAGAAAUCCAGUGCUUAAAACAAAAUCGCCAAAGUAUGUGCACUGGCCUAACUGCACCACCAGAUCCUAA